AUGGCCAGCGCAAAUGUACCAAGAUUUGUAAAGGACGUAGAAAAUAUGUGUGAAUGUAACAUUUGCUUUGUCGAAUAUGACGAAAACAAACACGUCCCUAGAGUUUUACCAUGUCACCACACAUUUUGCACGGAAUGUUUAUCUAAGCAUUGUAAAGAACAAACGUUAAAGUGUCCCUUGUGUAACCGAGAGCACUUUGCGAAAAAUGGGGAUGUAAAGACAUUCCCAAAAGAUAAUACCCGACGUGACUUAAAGGAGCUUUUAGACAGAUUCAUGCAGUCAUUGUGUGGAGUCUGUAGACGUCAUGAUCACGUGAAAUAUUUCUGUAUUACGUGUAACAUUCGAAUUUGUAGUGAGUGUUAUAAAGAAAAGAAGUCAAGUGAUUGCAAUACUCAUGAUUUUGAAAUGCCUGGGGACUCAUCUAUGACACAGGACACAUCCUUGAAAUCUAUAUACAAUCAAUCAAAAGCAAGGUGUUUGCUCCCUGGUCAUGAACAUAACGAGUUAAAAUUUUACUGCACAGAAAGGCAGUGUUGCAAACCAGUUUGUGCAAACUGCAUAGUAGAGAAGCACAAAGAGCACGUAUGUUGCUCCAUUGAAGAUAGAUAUGUAGAUUGUAAAAAGGCUUUGCAGUAUACAUGCCAUGCAACAAAGAGCAAAAUAGCUAGAACAAAGAAGCUUCUAGAAAAUGUAGAAAAAGAAAUCACAUCGCUGCCAGUGAAUGAAAAGAAAGGCCAAGAAAGCCUUACUGCUGAAGCAAACCGAGGCAUAAGAUACAUUCAAGAUUAUGUAGAGAAUACCAAAAAGAAGAUGAAGGAAACUUCACAGAAAACGUUAGCUAUUUUGAAGAAAAAGCAACAAAAAAUGCAAUAUUUUAUUGAUAAUGCUUCCGAAUGCUGUGCCAUUUCGGAAGAGGCUUUAAGAGAAAAUAAUUGUGUGAAAUUUUUAUCAGUGGAAAAGACUUUGACAGAAAAAUUGAAUGGUUUCAAACAGUCAGAAGUAGAUCGCCCUUUGGAUCCCAUCCUUAGAGAAAAUGUUGAACUGCGGCGUCCCAUUCUCGAACUAAAUGAGAGAAUUAAUAGAAUGACAACAGAUGAUGAGGAAACAGCAGAAUAG